CCCUCCGGCGGGAGGUGGGGAAGGGGACCGGGCUCCUGCGCUGUGGUGCUCGCCCCUGCAGGCCCCCCGCUCCCGGGGCCCGUCAGGGCUGGCACAGGCUGGCUUUGGCUCUCUCCCGUGUCCGCACUGGCUCCCGGCUCUCCUGCUCGCAGAAGAAAGCCUCUUACAACUUUUUAAAGCCCCGGAGAAGCAGGAGGCGCGCCGGCAAACGGGCGAUCCUGGGAUUUAUUAUUUUUUUUACAAUCUCAUCGUUUUGGGCCUGACUCACGGCUUUUGAAUGUUUGGGAUGGGCAGCCAAGGGGGAAAGUAAGUUUGCUCAGCAGAAGCAGAGCGGCCAGGCAGGAGCGACAGGCAUCUGUGCAGUGACAAGGCGACAGGGGGGCCCUUCAUCCUGCCGCCAGCUCCUCUCCAUCCUCGCCAGGGCUCGCGGCUGCUCCCGGCCCCAGCACGGAGGGUGGGCUGCCCAGCACGGACCCCCGGCUGCCCCCCGGCUGCCCAGCGCUGCCCCCCGGUGCCCGGGAUGGCGCGGGAGGCAGCCCCCGUCCUGCUGCUGGUCCUUGCCAGGCUGGUGUCAUCCACGUGGCACGAAGGGUCUGGCUACUAUCUGGAGAGCCACACCAACGAGGUGUACGCAGAAGAACCGCCCCCCGAGCCGGCCCUGGAUUACCGUCGAGUGCCGCAGUGGUGCGCCACGCUCAGCAUCCACCGCGGAGAGGCCACUUGCUACUCGCCGCGGGGCAGCUCCUACCGCAGCAGCCUGGGCACCCGCUGCGAGCUGAGCUGCGCCCGCGGCUACCGCCUGCUGGGGCCCGGGGCCGUGCAGUGCCUGCCCAGCCGCCGCUGGUCGGGGAUGGCGUACUGCCGACAAAUCCGGUGCCACGUGCUGCCGGCGCUGCUGCGGGGCUCCUACGUGUGCUCGGCGGGCGUGCAGAUGGAUUCCCGCUGUGACUACUCCUGCCUGCCCGGCUACCAGCUGGAGGGCGAGCGGAGCCGCGUCUGCAUGGAGGAUGGGCGCUGGAGCGGCAGCGAGCCGAGCUGUGUGGAUCUGGAGCCUCCCAAGAUCCGCUGUCCAGACUCGCGGGAGCGCAUGGCAGAGCCGGGCAAGCUGACGGCCACCGUCUACUGGGACCCUCCCCGCGCGAGGGACUCCGCCGACGGAGUCAUCAAGAGGGUGAUGCUGCGGGGCCCGGAGCCCGGCUCGGAAUUCCCCGAAGGAGAGCAUGUGAUCCGCUACACCGCCCACGACCUGGCUUACAACCGCGCCAGCUGCAAGUUCAGCAUCCGCGUCCACGUGAGGCGCUGCCCCGUGCUGAAGCCUCCGCAGAACGGGUACAUCUCCUGCACCUCCGACGGCAACAACUACGGUGCCACCUGCGAGUACCUGUGCGACGGGGGCUACGAGCGCCAGGGCACCUCCCUGCGCGUGUGCCAGUCGAGCCAGCAGUGGACGGGCUCCCAGCCCCUCUGUGCACCCAUGCAGAUCAACACGGAUGUGAGCUCGGCCGCCAGCCUGCUGGAUCAGUUCCUCGAGAAACGCCGCCUCUUGGUCAUCUCGGCCCCGGACCCCUCUGACCGCUACUACAAGAUGCAGAUCUCCAUGCUGCAGCAAGCCGCCUGCGGGCUGGACCUGCGGCACGUCACCACCGUGGAGCUGGUGGGGCAGCCCCCGCACGAGGUGGGACGCAUCCGGGAGCACCGCCUGUCCCUCGGCAUCAUCGAGGAGCUCAGGCGCUUCCUGCACCUCACCCGGUCGCGCUUCAACGCGGCGCUGCUGGACAAGGCGGGCACGGACCGCGAGCGCUACAUCGCCCCGGUCAGCCCCGACGAGCUCUUCGUCUUCAUCGACACCUACCUGCUGAGCGAGCGGGAGGCGGCGCGGCGGGCACAGAGCGGGGACCCCUGCGAGUGACCCCCGGCGGCGGACACCUCCCUGUCUGCUUUCCUAGCCGCCCGGGGCAGGGGAGGAGCAGGGUGCCGAGCAGCGCCGGGGAUCGGGGGCUGUGUGCCAGCAGCGGCCCACGGCCCAGGGCCGGGAGCUGUGUCCAGCUGGGGCACGGUGCAGCCAGCCGGGACCCUGCUGGGAGACACUGGAGUGCCCCUGCUCAAAUCCCAGGGCAGGGGGGAGCCUGAGGAGAGCGGCAGGGCGGGGAGGGCAGGCUGGCCAGCAGGGAGACAGCCUCUACAGCAGCUUCAGCCUCCCCACGGCUCGACCUGGACCCGAUGCCCCCACUCUGAAAGCCUUGAUUAAAAGCAAAUGGCCCCACGCUCAGCAGAGCCCAGAGCAGCCAGGCAGCGUGCAGUCCACCCUGAAGGGCUCGCCCUCUCCCCUGCCACUCACUCCCUCUCCCACCACCCACGGGGAACCCUUUCUGGGAACUGCUUUGGCAGUAGAAAAUUAAGUUGAAAUAAAUAGAUUUGUAUAAAAAGUCAGCGCUGGCACAUGUGUCACUGAGAGGCCUGAGAAACAAAUGUUUCCUGGAGACCACAAUCCCCAACCCCCCAGGCUGACCCCACACAGCUCCAUCCACCCAGCGCUGCAGCUGGGGCUGGGCUGUGUGUGGGGAACAGGGUGGAGAGGACAAGGAGAGAGCAGACUCUGGAACAGGGUGGUAGGAAAAAGAAUGGGAAGAAAUAAAACCACAAUGACAUUUAAAAGCAUUUUGCCCAGGGGAGAAGAAGGGAGGGUCCACGAGGAGUGCAG